CAAUGCUGAGUGACGAUACCUGUGUGAAGUUAAAAAGCAACCAUUCACCUCCUGUGCAAUGGUAUAGACAGUCGCACCCAAAGAUGAAAAGACCAAGCAGGUUUUUAAAAGGUACUCCCAAACUUUUUCUAUUGUUUGUGGUCGGAGUAUGCUUCCUUUAUAUCAUCAAACUACAUUUUGACCCUGAAGAAUGUGACAGAACAAAAAUGCCAUAUGUGGACCUCGAUCGUGUAAAGAAAGCACAACAGUAUGCCAGCGCUGUGCUGCAGGGACAGUGCCGACCUUCUCAUGCAAAAAAGGAAAUGGCAAAGUUAUUUGCAGAAAAAUAUAGCAUGGACAUAUCUCCUUUUGUAAGAAAAAAUGUGAAUGAAGAUGAAGCUUUAUUUAAAUAUGAACCUCCCUUUGGAUUUCACAAGUUCUUUGAUAAGCUUCAGAGCAUCCUUGAACUCUUGCCUGAGCAUGAUUUGCCGGAAGAUUUGAAGUCCAAACACUGUAAACGCUGCGUUGUCAUUGGCAGUGGUGGAAUCCUUCAUGGCUCAGAGCUAGGACACUUACUGAAUCAGUUUGAUAUUGUUAUAAGGUUAAAUGAUGCACCAGUUCACGGAUACACAGAUCAUGUUGGAAAUAAAACAACUAUAAGGAUGACUUAUCCAGAAGGAGCUCCACUUUCCGAGCACGAGUAUCAUCCUGCCAGCUUGUUCGUGGCUGUCUUGUUUAAAAGUGUCGAUUUCAACUGGCUUCGAGCAAUGAUUAAAAACGAAACCUUGCCUCUGUGGAUGCGACUCUUCUUUUGGAAGGAGGUUGCUGAGAAAGUUCCUUUUACAUCAAAACAGUUUCGGAUUCUGAAUCCAGUCAUUGUUAAAGAGACUGCUCUGGACAUUUUGCAGUUCCCUGAACCUCGAUCAAAAUUCUGGGGCUGGGAUAAGAAUGUGCCCACGAUUGGGGUCACGGCAGUGGUUCUGGCCACGCACCUGUGCGACGAAGUGAGCUUAGCAGGCUUCGGCUACGCCCUGGACCAGCCCAGCGCCCCUCUGCACUACUACAACAACCUCUGCAUGGCCGCCAUGAACUGGCAGACGAUGCACAACGUGACGGGCGAGACCAGAUUCCUCCAGAGACUGAUCAAAGAAAAGGUCGUCCAAGACCUCACGGGCGGGAUCCAUUGUGAGUUCUGCACCAAAGACAGCUAGGCUGGCCAGCGAGCCUCUGCUUUGGACUUGUCAACUUCCCAGAGGUUCCUUUGGAACAACCCCUUUACUGUCCUCAGUGAUUUGCUAAAGGGUGUACAAAAUGGACUGGAAUCUCUCCCGUCUUUUUUUCCUUUUUUU